CACAUACGACAGCUUUCCACAUACUUCAGUCUCGGUCGCAGCAUGGCGAACCGCACUGUACCGAUCAUGGCACCUGCAGCGGGUGCCACUCCUUCGGUGUUUGCAGAGAACUUUGCAACGAAUGUCAAUGCGGGCACCGACGGGACGUCGGUCAAAGCACGUGUCAACUAUUUCGACGUGAAGCUGCCAAAGGUUGAAAAGCUCUACCUCUACAGCGUGAACAUUACACGCAGCGACACUGGCGGCGAGGUCAAGCUUGCAGGCUUCAAAAAGGAUUUGAUUCGGCACCUUAUCACGCUUCCGCCACUCAGCAACAUGCGGAGCGAGUUUGCUACAGACUACCAUUCCAACGUAGUCUUCCUGACCCCACAGGGUCGGACUCUCACCAAAACAGUGGUGUUCGCUCCUGCGGCGGGUUCACAGCAACAGACAUUCAAUGUCACGCUUAGUUGCACUCACACUCUGGCCAUGAGCGAUCUCAACGAAUUUUUGCAUGGUCGCAGGAAGUUUGAUGUGCUGCCUUACAUGACAGCUCUGAACAUUCUUUCGCGCAGUCUCGCUGCAGCGUCGACAGUCAAAGUUGGUCGCGACAAGUUUUUCCCUGCGGCAUUGAGUUCUGCAACCUGGUCAAGAUCUCUGAACUUCAGGAACGGCUUCUUCACAUCUAUGCGCCCGGUAAAUGGUCGAGUGAUUCUCAACAUUCAUGGAGUCGCUUGUGCCUUCGUGGUUGAGCAACCGGUGCAUCUCUACGCCUCUGCGUUCAAUACGAAGUUCCGCCCGAACUUGGCAGCGAGAGACUUGAGAAACCUGGAUCAAUACUUCAAGUCUCUCGUCAAAGGACUGCGAGUCCGUCUCCUCUACACUCCGCCUACGGCUACGAACGCGGCCCGGUCCAAGAGCCUUACGAGUCCAGUCAACAACAGCAAGAUCAAACGGAUCAAUGGUUUCGGACGCAUUGCGAAGGAACAGACAUUCCGACACAACGUCCACGGCGUGAUCACUGUCGAGAAGUACUUCAACGAGCAUGUUCUGGAGCCUAGUUCUCAUUUGCGGUUUCCGCUGCUGCUGACCUGCGAUCUCGGUACACGCGACAAGCCUUGCUUUGUGCCAGCGGAGCUCCUAUACAUUGCACCACACCAACCAUUCUUCGGGAAAUUGCCUGAAAGCGCGAUGAAGGAUAUGAUCAAAGUGUCUCAACGUCUUCCUUUGCCGAACGUGGACAUGAUCGAAGAUUGCCUCAAAGUCAACAAAAUGUUUGACAGCCAGGCGAUCCAAAAGUCUCAGAAGAAUGGCGUCUCAAUCGAGCUGAACAUGAGAGAAACGAACGCUCGCGUGAUUAGCAUCCCCGGUCUGGCCUAUGGUGGCAAUGUUCAGCAGCAGGGAUGCUCCAAGGAGGGCACGUUGCGCAAUGGCAGAUGGGACUUACGAAACAAAACGUUCAGAACAUCUGGCAGACUGGGCGCGCUUGGAGUCAUCCAGAUCGGUGGCGCGAGCGCACCCUUUAAUGACUACAUUUCUCUCACCAAAGUGCUGACGAAGAACGGGCUGAGGAAUGUGCAGAAAGUGAAGGUCGCCGAAUCUCCAAGUGUGUCUCAAGAGGAUCUCUCGGCGGCUCUGGCCGAAAUCGAAAAAUUUAAGGAAUUCAGCAAUGAGGACUUACCUCAAAGAGACAGACCGGCAAGAUGCCUACUCAUCGUCCUUCCGAAUAAGACCGCUGCAGCAUACGAAUCCGUCAAAUGGUGGGCCGAUGCCGUUGCAGGUGUACAUACUGUCUGUAUCGCUCCAGCCAACACAACGCAAUUGGGCAAACCACAGUUCCAGGCCAAUCUUGCCCUCAAAUUCAACGUCAAAGCUGGCGGGAACAACCACACGCUUCUUGAUGGAGAGCUUGAGCACAUGCACCCGGGCGGUGUGACAAUGUAUGUAGGCGCAGAUGUGACGCACCCGGGGCCUGGCAGUAUUGCACACUGCCCUUCGGUUGCCGCAGUUGUUGCCAGUGACGGUCGCUCUCCAGUCAACUAUCCUGGUUCGCUCCGUCUACAGCGCUGCAGGCAGGAGAGCAUCGAAGACAUGGAAUCGAUGAUGAUGGAUCGUCUGGAAACGUGGCAUGCCAAGAACAACUCUGUGCCCACCAACGUCCUGUUCUACCGCGACGGAGUCUCCGAAUCUCAGUUCGCCAUGGUGAAGAAUACGGAGCUGCCCAAAGUCAUGAAGGCUUGCGAGAACUUUGCACUGAAGCACGUCCGAUUCAAGGAUUGGAAGCCCAGGGUCACGCUGGUCGUCUGCGGGAAGCGCCACCAUACCCGCUUCUAUCCGCCAGCUCAGGUCAACAGCAGUGUCAAAUGGGCCAUUGAUCGAAACUCCAAUUUCCUUCCCGGUCUUGUGGUCGACAGCCCAUCGAUUCGCAACGCCUACCACUUCGACUUCUUUCUCCAAUCUCAUGCGGCUCUCAAAGGCACUGCACGCCCGUGCCACUACUUCGCAAUCCACAAUGGUAUGAACCUUACCGCUGACAAGCUCCAACGCAUCACGAACAACCUCUGCUGGAUCUUCGCCCGCGCUCUGACUCCAAUCAGCUAUGCUUCUCCGGCAUACUACGCCGAUCGCUUGGCCGAACGUGGACGCUGCUAUCUUGCACCUUUCCUCUCCCCAAUCCAUCCUGCGAGACCAUCCGAAGAUCAGCUGUUCCAGAGUCUGGCAAAUGCUAGAACCGCGACUAUUGAGCAAAAGGAUUUGCAUGUUCUGGCGAAAAUCAAGGGAGGAUCCGGAGACCCGAACCAUCCACAUUGGGUCACUGAUGGGCCGAAUCCGUUCAAGAAGGAGAUUGGUGGCACAAUGUACUACAUCUGAGGUGCUGAAUAAUGAGACGAGAUGCGGUGAGGAGUGAGUGAGGUGGUUCUUGGCGAUUUAUUGACAUUGCGAGAUGAGACACGGUGGUUCUUGAUAUUCCUUGGCUUGAGGUGGCUCUGUGACAGUAUGCAGAGAGACAGUUGAGCGCAGCGGUCUCCCCGUACUCUACGGAAGCAGAUAGCUGGUAGCAGACAGUCAUUUACAAAGAUAAAGUUAGACUAUAAUUUCUCCUCUCCCAAUCUGUAUGCUGUAUGCAUUCGUCGAGCUGCUAGGCAAGUGGGAAGCCCGACUCAAAGAUAUGGAUUUGGAUCCGAUAC